GCGCGCAAACAAAACUGGCAAGUGUGGCCAAAACACGGGCACUCGGGCGAAGGUUAAGUACAGGGGUCAAAAGAGAUCCAAUGCUAAUUAGUGUUAUUGCGGCUGUUUAAUCGUGAUUUUCGGGGCGUUUUUCAAAAAUGUUAAAUUCGGAAGAAUUCGGUCUAGGGUGUUCGGAAGAAUUCGGUCGUAGUCAACAUCCAAACGAACCUUGCAAUUGGCCGAAUUUCAUUUUCUAACCAUUUUUGGUGACCUAUCAAAUAUCUCGCAUCAAUCUUCACUCACGUAAUCAUCAUGUGUUUCAGCUUUGUGUGUCUGAUGAGGACAGCAGCGAGACUCAACUACCAGACGACAGUGCUGCAGCGAGCUGUGCCUCAGGAGUCCUCCCAGUUGCGACGCUCCUCGGAGGGCCUCGGAUGUCCGCGGUGCCACCAGCAGCGAGCUGUGCAGUCAGUUCAGGAGUCCUCCCAGCUGCGACGCUCCUCGGAACGCCUCGGGUGUCCGCGGUGCCACCAGCAGCGAGCUGUGUCGCCGGCCCGAGCCAUCCGCGCUCUUCUGGCAUCAACGGUCAAGUCAAGCAGGUCAGGGGGCCGGGUGCUCGUGGCGCCGAGAAGCUUGACGCCGCCAUAGCGUCCAUAGAACGCGCGGUGAGCGACCUCCGUAACCCGGACCUACUAUUUGGCCAGCUGGUGGGGUUGGAGAUGGAGCGUGUGAGGGACGACAAGAAAGCGGAUGCGAGACUGGAGAUUCUUACAGUCUUGAAAAGGGCGCAGUCCGAUUAAAAGCAGGUGAUAACCUUCGCACGGGUGGGGGAGGGGGGACGUUUUUCACACAUAUUUGAUAAAAAAUGACCAGAAUGAUUCAAAACGAUCUUAUAGCCAGACAUGUGCAUGGAUCCGAGAGGUGGAUCUAUGAUCUGAGCGGAUCUCUCGAGCUUAUGGGUAAGAUCUAUGAUCUGAGUGGAUCUCUCGACACAGUUGAGGGGUUGGAUCUAUGAUCUGAGUGGAUCUCUCGACAAAGUUGAGGGGUUGGAUCUAUGAUCCGGGUGGAUCCCAGAUCUAGAUUCAUGGGAUCGAAUUUCAGAUCCAUUUUCCCGGAUCCAUGCACAUGUCUGCUUAUAGCGAGCUAUAUAAUGCCUGUUCGGCGUCUUUCCAGCUUCCUUUGAUUCUGAGAUAAUAUGAUGCGGCCAAAUGCGUCCCCUCUCCAUGCAACCUCCACCAUGGCGAACUUUGCUGAGCCUGAGUCAUAUUCUGCGUAGUGUGUAUUUCCGCUGUCUGAUCGCUAUAGCGACCCUUUUUCAAGUUUUGAUUUAGGAGUGAAUUCGUUUACCUGGUGUUUAAAUGUUUGAGCUCCUUUGCUGUGAAGUUGAAGUUGGACGUUACGUGGUUAUCUGACUUUGGUUGUUGGAAAGGGCGACAGUUAAUGUUAUUUAUUUCCACUACUUUCGCGUGCAAUAAACGACAAAGGCCGGAAA